GAAGAUGGAGAGGAGGAAGAUGAAGAUGGUGAGGAUGAGGAUGAGGAAGAAGAGAACCAACAACGAUACGACUUCCGACAGAGGAAGGCUAUGGUUCGCUACCAGGCCCCACAAGAAGAACACAGAGAGACGAGGAAACGCACCAUGUACUUUAAGGAGGACUCGCCUCCCACCAGACGCAGGUUCAGAUUCAGCUCCACAGCUCCCAGGAGCCCCUACAGUAGGAGGAGAACCAGCAGGAGGAGACAUGCCAUCCACAGUAGUGACUCCACAUCUUCCUCAGAUGACGAGGAAAAUUUUCAAAGACGCAGGAGUAAGAACAGGAGCAGGUCUGUCAACAGAUGUCUUCCCAUGAAUUUAUUGAAAGACGACCUUCUGGGGAUCCACAAGGACAGGAUGAAAAUUGGAGCCAGCCUGGCUGAUGUGGACCCUAUGCACAUAGACAAAACUGUUCGCUUUGACAGCAUCGGAGGCCUGAGCAAACAAAUUUCAGCACUAAAAGAGAUGGUGGUGUUUCCUCUGCUUUACCCAGAAGUCUUUGAGCGGUUCAAGAUCCAACCACCCAGGGGCUGUCUUUUCUACGGUCCUCCGGGCACUGGGAAAACCCUGGUAGCCAGAGCACUGGCCAAUGAGUGCAGUCAGGGAGAAAGAAAGGUGGCAUUCUUCAUGAGAAAAGGAGCUGACUGCCUCAGUAAAUGGGUGGGAGAAUCAGAAAGACAAUUACGACUCCUGUUUGAUCAGGCUCAUCAAAUGCGUCCGUCCAUCAUCUUCUUUGAUGAGAUUGAUGGUUUGGCACCGGUUCGAUCCAGCCGCCAGGACCAGAUUCAUAGUUCGAUCGUGUCGACUCUCCUGGCUCUAAUGGAUGGAUUGGACAGCAGAGGAGAAGUUGUCGUUAUUGGAGCCACAAACAGACUGGACUCCAUCGACCCAGCUCUGAGAAGACCCGGACGCUUCGACAGAGAGUUCCUGUUUGGCCUGCCUGACAGAGAGGCAAGAAAGGAGAUUCUGAAGAUCCACACCAGGCAGUGGACUCCUCCACCCUCUGAGGCUUUCCUGGUGGAACUUGCAGAUAAAUGUAUUGGGUACUGUGGAGCAGAUAUCAAAGCUCUGAGUUCAGAGGCAGCCUUGUGUGCCCUGCGGCGGCGUUACCCACAGAUCUACUCUUCAUCACAGAAACUUUUACUGGAUGUAAACUCCAUCAUCAUCACUCACAAAGACUUCUUGUUCGCCAUGUCUAAGAUGGUGCCAGCUGCCCAAAGGGCUGUAGUGUCACCAGCUAAAGCUUUGUUACCUGCCAUUCGUCCUCUGCUGAACGCCACUUUACAGAGCAUUCUCCAAAGAGUCCGUCAGGUUUUUCCUCAUGCGGAGCAGGGAUUAAACAGAAAAAGACAACAAGAUGUGUCCUGGGGAGGGUCUGAGGAUGAACUGAUGUUCAGUGAGGAAGAGGAUGCUGCAGUCUCCUCCGGUGGACUGGACUCUCAGACACAGCUGAAAAUACCUUCUGCUCUCAGCCUUCUAAACGUCAACAGGAGUGUGUUGAGCCAGCCGACAUCCUAUCGUCCCCGGCUCCUCCUGGAGGGCAGACCCGGCUCAGGUCAGACCUCCCAUCUGGGUCCAGCUGUUCUUCACGCUCUGGAGAAAUUCACUGUUUACACUCUAGAUCUGGCUGUCCUGUUUGGAGUCAGUGCAACAGCACCAGAAGAAGCCUGUGCCCAGAUUUUUGUCGAAGCCAAACGAACCUCUCCGAGUAUCUUGUACAUUCCACAUAUCGGACAGUGGUGGGAAACUGUGGGUCCUGCACUCAGAGCAACCUUCCUAAGCCUCCUGAGCUCCAUACCUCCCUUCUCUCCUAUACUGCUGCUAGCUACCUGCAGCAUACAUUAUGACCACCUGAGUAUGGAGGUGCAGGACUUGUUUCGGGUUGAAUAUGGAGAGGUCUUUCAUGCCCCGGUCCCCACCAGCCAAGAGAGGAGGGACUUCUUUGAGGAUCUUAUCCUCAAUCAGGCUGCAAAAGCCCCCACUUCAAAGAAGAAAGCUGCUCUUCAUGCAUCAGAGGUGCUUCCAGUUGCCCCUCCACCCCCGCCACGUCAGCUAACAGAAGAGGAGUGUCGACGUUUGGCCGACCAAGAGGAAGAUACGCUCAGAGAGCUUCGUCUCUUCCUGCGUGACGUCACAAACCGCCUCUCUCAAGAUAAACGCUUUAAGGCUUUCACAAAGCCUGUGGAUUUGGAGGAGGUUCCAGAUUAUGCUGAAGUAAUCAAGAAGCCAAUGGACCUGUCGACAGUUAUGUCUAGGAUAGACCUCCAUCAGUACGCAACGGUCAAAGAGUUUCUCCAGGAUGUGGAUCUCAUCUGGCAGAAUGCUCUUGAAUACAACCCAGAUAGGGACCCUUCAGAUCGUCAGAUUCGCCACCGAGCGUGUGCGUUGAAGGACACUGUCCACGCCAUCAUCCGAGAAGAACUGGAUGAAGAUUUUGAGAAGAUUUGUGAAGAGAUCAAAGAGUCACGAAAGACAAGAGGUUGUUCCACCGCACAGUUUACUCCGACCUUCUACCACGUCCUUCCCAAACAGCCCAAACUUCCCACAGACAAUAGCACCAACACUGCCCCACAAAGUCACAAAGCUGAAUCCACAGCUGUGGUUGCUACCAGCACAAGUGUGUCUGCUGUCACAACACCUAAACUCACAGCCCACAAGAAGAAACGUAGAAAAAGUCGUUGGUCUACUGGCUACAUUCCAAAGAAAAAGGCUUACUCUUCACCUCGGGUGCCCAGAGAUGAUUCACAGUUUGUUUCUGAUGAGGAUGAAGAUGAUGGAGAUAAUGAGGGUGAGGUUGAGAAGGAAGGAGCAGUGGAGAGUCCUGAUGCCAGUAGAGCUAAUGAGAAUCAGCUGGACGAUGGAAAAGAGCCAGAACCUGUAGCAGUUCAGGGAGGAGACAGGAGUCAGGACAAAAAUACAGAGGAAGAAGAGAGGAAACCAGCUGCUGAAGAGGACAUUCAGGUGGAAAGUACAGAGGAUGAAGUUGUGAAACAGACAGAGCAGAGUGAAAAUAAGAGCGAUGUGAAUGAUGAAAAUAUCUCAGUUAACACGAAUAAAAAGGGUUGUGCAGAGACGGAUACACAUCACUCUACCAACGAACAAUUUGUCACUGAAACUCAAUCAGACUCUCAGACCUUAAAGGGCCGGUCUGAAGAAGCAGCUCCAGUAGAUUCUGCAGAGCUGACGAGUCCCGCUGAGCCGAUGGAGACUGAAGCUGCUGACACCACUGCAGAAAUGGAAACAGGAACAGAGCACAUGAGGCCAAUGACUCGAGCCGUGAAGAGCACGGUUCUGCAGCAGCAGACGGUUGAUUCAGACGAAGCUCUGCAGAUCCUGAACGAGGAAACACCUCCUCUGGUUGUGGACAGAAACAGAUUAAAGGAGCUUCUGGACAAAAUAGUGGCACAGACUGAAGGCUACGAGGUUCACAAGCUGGAGAAACUGUAUGCUCUGCUCUGUCAGAACAUCUACAGACACAGGCGAGACUACAACAAAACAGCACUAAUACAGGACUUGGAACAGGAGAUUAAAAACUUCUGUUUUCUCUGACUUCUCUUCAGAAAAACCUGAUCGUCUUCAAAUCUAUUUUCAUUAUUCGCCUGUUCAGUUGUUUGAAUAUAUAAACACUGAUUGUUCUUUAAAAAUAUAGUCUUUUAUUUUUGUGCUUCACCAUAAACUUUUGUAUUUGUAAUUAAAUGUCUUCUCUAAUUA